AUGAACGGACGACCAUGGUGUGCAAUCUGUCGAGUCGACUUCAAGAUUGGACAGAAGGUGGCAAUUCCAUGGUUGGGCCCCAACAAUCUGGGCCUCUUCACAUUCGUAUACCCUGGCCCCAAGCUGGAACAUCCCAAGCCUCAAAAUGAGGACGACAACGCUCCGGCUCCGGCCCCGGCUCCGGCUGAGGAGGCGCUUCAAUAUUCCGCUUCGCGCUGGGACGACAUUCCCAUCGACGAAUCCUUUCAUGAGGAGUGUUUGAGAGGGAUUGGCGCCAACACUCUCCGCAACCUCCUUUAUCAGACAGCUUACAGUUACGUUCCCUUGCCAGAGGAGUUUGAACGUCGGCUUGAUUGGUUGAAGACCGAGUUUUCCGAACAGUCAGCCGCUUUGUACCCUCUGCCAGCUGAGAUGAGACGGGAGGUCGUGACCUAUAGCCUGCCCAGUCUCACUACAGUAUACAUCCGGUCGACUGGCGGUGGUCCUCAUGGUCGGACGCAACUUUCCCUCACAAGGCCCAUCUGGGCACAGCGCAUCGCAUUCGAGGGCCGCUUGUACAUCUCAGCUCUGACAAACGAGCCUCCUGUCACUGAGAAUACCGGAGCCAGACCCAAUGAUAUGGUAAAGAUCGAGAACCCAGAAGGACCUCUAGCCGCCAUCCACAUUGCCAUGGACCAUCUGGGAAUUCGAAGAGUCGUUCUUACUAAUAACGGCGAAGUCGAUCCUGCAGACUAUCCUGUAGACACAAGCAUUGGCGGCUGGGUGAGCCUUCCGUUCAGUGGACAGACUCGCAUCCAAUGCGAGGGAGAUGGCCUCAAACUCCGCCGCUUACUCUAUAACGGAAUCGACGAGACUCUGUGGAGUACUCUUUGGCCAGUGCCCCAGUCGCAGCCCAGCAAUCUGAGGCUCUGGUCGAUGGACGAGCGCGCAUUCCAGGUGCCAAUGAAGUAUCUACACCUCAACAAGCCGAACCUCCGCGGAUAUAGCAUAUGCUGGUUUUAUGAGCUGAUGACCAUUUGCCCCCACUACUUUGGUGGCGACAAGCCCAAUUAUGAAGCCUGGGAUAUUGACCGCCCCAAGUGCAUCUGGGCUUUUCUGCCUAUCGACCCGGGCGAAACGAUUGUUGAACUCUGGACAGCAGAGAUAAAUGACACUACGGUGUUGGUUUUGACGACAAGCCACGGCCGGAUUUUGACACUGGGAGUCCGACCAAGAACGGGUAACGGCAAGGAAUGGGUGCUUCAAGAUCGAUUCGAAGGAGAGCGCACUCUCCUGGCCGAGGAAUCAUGGUCCGGCCUUGCGAGGAUCGCGUUCCCGACCGCUCAACCAACGCAGCAACAGACCCAUCCGAACAUCCUCCCUCCCGUCGAAUACCCCGACUGCAAGAGGGACCUCUGGUAUUCAUCGACCAAGCUGGCUGGGGUAGUGUCCAUGAGGAUCUGCCAAAAGGGCGGCGCCGUCAUCGGUCUGCUGCUCUCGUAUGAGGACGGCCGCGAGCGAGCGCUUGGUGAAGUCCGCUUUGAUUCAAGCUAUCUCGGGCCAGAGAUUGAGACUAAAGGAACGCGAGGGGUUGUGUAUCAGCUCUCGAAAAAGAAAAAGAAAGGUAAAGGGAAAGAGAAAGAGAUUGCAGUUGAGCUCCACAAAGAGACUGUGGUUGAGCUACACACUUCGGAUCGGGAGGAGACUGAGUUCAGUCUGGAGAGCGAAGAGACGAGACGCUACUUUGUCCCGUGGCGCGGAACUUGGCACUGGUGGUUCUCGUACGAAGAGUGCAGGCUCUUCCACGAGGACGAGCACGAUGUGUCAAUUGUUGAGGACAUGUAG